AUGGGUAUAAACUAUUUCCCAACGCCAAGAGAUGUGAAGGCCCGUGAUAUAACGAAGUGGCUUGCGACUCUCCAGAAAAUCAUGGAACGUUACUGCUUCAAAGUGGAGAUCAUGAUUGGACAACCUCACUGGCCAAGAGGAAAUGCAGAAGUGCGAAAUCGGGGCGAGUGGCACCGUGACAACGGCAACAACAGAUACUGCGCGGAGAUCAUGAACCAACCCCACGGAUAUGGAAGCUAA